GGGAACGGGGCUCCGGAACCCCUGCGCUUGCGCUUGCGCCCGUGGACCAGGGUGGGCUGGCGGCAGGUCCCGGUCGGCCGGCUGGAGCUGUGGGCGGCGGGCCAUGGUUGGUUGGAUUGAGCCGGGCCGGGCAGGGGUGGCAGUGAGCGGCGGCGGAGGCUGUGGGGUUCGAUUUAGCUGAUUGAGGAGUCGGCCGGUGGCAGGUCACUCAUUCAACAAGUAUUUAUUGAAUACUUCCAUGAUCCAGAUUUGAUUGUGGCUGUAAACGAUUUGAAAAUUCAUGCUUCAAGCCAAAUCAUGAUUCCACACAAUAGGAGUCCAACUCAAAGGAGGAGCCAUGCGGGGCCAGCGGAGCCUGCUGCUGGGUCCUGCCCGCCUCUGCCUGCGCCUCCUUCUGCUCCUGGGCUACAGGCGCCGCUGCCCACCUCUGCUCCGGGGCCUGGUACAGCGCUGGCGCUAUGGCAAGGUCUGCCUGCGCUCCCUGCUCUACAACUCCUUUGGGGGCAGUGACACCGCUGUCGACGCUGCCUUUGAGCCUAUCUACUGGCUGGUGGACAACGUGAUCCGCUGGUGUGGGGUGGUGUUCGUGGUGCUGGUGAUCGUGCUGACCAGCUCCAUUGUGGCCAUCGCCUACCUGUGUGUCUUGCCCCUCAUCCUCCAAACAUACUCAGUGCCACGACUCUGCUGGCAUUUCUUCUACAGUCACUGGAAUCUGAUCCUCAUCGUCUUCCAUUACUACCAGGCUAUCACCACUCCACCUGGAUACCCACCCCAGGGCAGGACUGAUAUCACGACAGUCUCCAUCUGUAAGAAGUGCAUUAACCCCAAGCCAGCCCGAACACACCACUGCAGCAUCUGCAAUAGGUGUGUGCUGAAGAUGGAUCAUCACUGCCCCUGGCUAAACAACUGUGUGGGCCACUAUAACCAUCGGUACUUCUUCUCUUUCUGCUUUUUCAUGACUCUGGGCUGUGUCUACUGCAGCUAUGGAAGUUGGGACCUUUUCCGGGAUGCUUACGCUGCCAUCGAGAAAAUGAAACAGCUCGACAAGAACAAACUACAGGAGGUUGCCAACCAGACUUACCACCAGACCCCACCACCCACCUUCUCCUUCCGAGAAAGAGUGACUCACAAGAGUCUUGUCUACCUCUGGUUCCUGUGCAGUCUUUGCCCCUCUUUCCUCAGUUCCGUGGCACUUGCCCUGGGUGCCCUAACUGUAUGGCAUGCUGUUCUCAUCAGUCGAGGUGAGACUAGUAUUGAAAGGCAUAUCAACAAGAAGGAGCGACGUCGGCUGCAGGCCAAGGGCAGAGUUUUUAGGAACCAUUACAACUACGGCUGCUUGGACAACUGGAAGGUAUUCCUGGGUGUGGACACAGGAAGGCACUGGCUUACUCGGGUGCUGUUACCUUCCAGUCACCUGCCCCAUGGGAAUGGAAUGAGCUGGGAACCCCCUCCCUGGGUGACUGCUCACUCAGCCUCUGUGAUGGCAGUUUGAGCUGGAUAGUGUCAGCCAUAACUCGAGCAUCACCCUGCUUCCUGCGUUGCCUCAAGGGCUUCCAAGGAUAGCUUCUGGAAACCCUCGAGCAAAAAGAGCCAGUGGGCCUGCCGCAGGGUACUAUGCAGGGACAACUCAAGGACCAGUAUCCUGGCCAUUGCAGAAGCAAGGCACGAUGUGGAAAAAUCCUAGGACUGAUGUCCCUUUACUCAGGCAAACAGAAGUUCCAGCCCCAGACUGGAGAUUAGGCAGCUAGCAACCUUGCCGGGUGCUGACCCCGACCUCCUCCAGGUUACAGCACCAGGGUUGGCCACCACCUCUUCCAUUUGCCGUCUGAGAAAACACCUGAAUGGUAGAGCUAAGAUCCUGGCUUCUCAACAGGGCAAAGAUACCAGGCCUACUGCUGAGGUCACUGCCACUUCUCAUGUGCUGCUGAAGGGAGCAAAAAUAAAGGUAUUUGAUUUUUAAA